AGAGAGAGAGAGAGAGAGAGAGACAGAGAGAGAGAGAGACAGAGAGAGAGAGAGAGGGGGGGACUUCCUAUAUGUUUACCAAUCCAUUACUGAUACAUUCUUGUUAGCCUGAGACACCAUGGGUACUCUCAGAGAUCUUCAGUUUGCGCUCCAGUUGAAGAUCGAAGAGCUGCGUCAAAGAGACGCUCUGAUCGACGAACUCGAGCUGGAGCUUGACACCAAAGACGAUCUCAUCCGGCGUCUGCAGGGUGAGCUCGACCGCCUGAGGGUUACUCUCAGCGCUCCCGGAUCUGCCACAGGUACCUCAGGGCAACACUGUGCUUCAUCUGUAAGGAUGAAGAGAAGAUCAGUUAUUACAGAGCCUACAAACCUGGACCCAAAUCUGAUCUUACAGAAUCCUCCCAUGAGCCACAGCAAGAACCAGGAGUCUCAGCGAGUGAUUGAGGCGGCGCUAAGGGAGAACGAGUGGCUGAAGUAUGUAGGGAGCGAGUUAUCAGACCUAGUAGAUUGUGCGUACCCAACGACGGCCGCCCAGGGAGCCCGACUCGUUCAAGAGGGCGAUGAGGCGUCUCAAUCCUUCAUCCUAGAAGAGGGAAAACUCGAGGUAUCCAGAGCUGGCCAGAAGCUGCACAUUAUUGAAGCUGGAACACUCUUUGGAGAGCUGGCCCUGCUUUACAACUACACCUGCUCUUCUACUGUUACAGCACUGGCGAGCAGUAAGCUGUGGGUGAUCGAGCGUCAGACAUUUCAGAGAGUCAUGCAGAGGAGCAGCGUUCUCCGCAUCACUCAGUCUGUGGAUGUUCUCCGCAGUGUGCCAUUGCUCUGCACCUUACCAGAGGAUAAUCUCAUUAAAAUCUCAGCUGCUCUGCAAGAGUGUCAUUACAGCGAUGGUGACUACGUUGUGAGACAUGGCGCUCCCGGAGAUAUCUUCUUCAUCGUGAGCAGUGGCCAGCUGCGAGUGUUGGAGAGGCGCUCGGUCAGUGAGGACAGUGUGUGUGUGUCCAUCCUCUCCAGAGGAGACAGCUUCGGGGAUAGAGCUCUGAAAGGAGAGGUAUCUAGGUCUUUGAGUGUUGUUUCUGCAGGUGAUGCCACAUGUCUGGUCAUAAACAGACAGACUGUCAUGAGGUUUACAGGAGCAUCUGUAGACAUAAAGGAGAAUGGAAGCAAUGAGGCAAAAGCCAGGACUGCAGACGGAGGUGACGGACUAUGCCAUGUCUCACUCCGUGACGUUCAGGUGCUGUGUAAUGUCGGAGAAGGACAGUACAGCCACACACAACUGGUCCAUUUGAAGAAUGACACCAGUCGUGUGUUCGUGCUGAAGGUCAUAAGUAAACAUGCUUUAGUGAGCUCAGGCAACAGAGCACGCAUCCUCGCCGAAAAACAAAUCCUGAUGGACGCCCGCUGUCCUUUCAUUGUCAGGUUGUAUCGUACCUUUAGAGACGCAAAGUGCCUCUACAUGUUGAAGGAGGCGUGUUUGGGUGGAGAUCUGUGGACUUUGCUAAGACAGAGGGGUCCGUUUGAUGACAAUGCAGCCCGUUUCUAUACAACCUGUGUUCUGGAGGCUUUGAGAUUCCUCCAUGGCCAAGGCAUCAUCCACAGAGACCUGAAACCAGAGAACGUGCUGCUGGAUCAGAAAGGAUAUGCCAAACUGGCAGGCUUCGGCUCUGCUAAGCUGCUUGGUUCUCUCCGGAGAACCUGGUCAUUCUGUGGCUCAGCAGCUUACCAGGCUCCAGAGAUCAUACUGCACAAGGGUCACGGUACGCUGGCAGAUUUCUGGGCUUUAGGAGUCUUUGUAUAUGAAUUACUCAGUGGCAGUCCUCCAUUCUCAGGCCCAGAUCUGCUAAAGAUCUGUGCAGCGGUUUUGAAGGGAAUCGAUGCCGUAGAGUUCCCAGAGGCCAUCAGCAACCCUGCGGCUGAUUUCAUCAAACAGAUCUGCAGGGAGAAUCCCACAGAGAGACUGGGCCAGAGGAAUGGGGUCAGAGACAUCCAAGCACACAAGUGGUUUGAAGGAUUUGAUUGGGAUGCUGUGUGUAAAGGCUCACACACUCCACCUAUAUUACCACAUGUAAGAACAGCAGAGCGCGCACGCUUUGAAAUGAUUCAUAGCAUUGUUAUCGCAUCACCCUGCUGUUUUCAUUUCUUGCAGGUCCAAGACUUUUUGGAUCAUUCCUGCAGUGAGAAUCACACUGAUUCAACGCCAGUAGAUGACUCAGACUGGGACAAAGACUUUUGAUCUGUCCAUUGGUCAGACGUUACAUGAUGGAUUAUGUGAAAAGACUGUUAUGAAAAAACAUUUUCAGUUAAUGGAAUUUUUAGCCAGUCAGAUACGGACCUUAAAUGUAAUACACGAGAAUAUAAAUUCUUUUCUAUCCGACUACAUCUAAUUAUCCUCUGUUUCUGUGAUUUGGGAUAAGUUAUCUGUUAUCGUCCUACUAAAUCUGUUAAAUGUGAAAUUAAAGCUGACGCACAAUUAGUUCCUUUAUGAAAGGGUUAAACAGGUCACUGUGCUUCAUUACGUUUUCAUUUGAUUAGAAAAAGCUGCUAAAUAAAGCAGGUUAAA